CCCUUUCCCCCACCCACUUCCUGUCACGUGGGCUACCUUACUGGCGGAAGCGAGGGCGGAAGGACGUCGAGGUUCUGCUGGGGCGGCAACUGCAGAGUUCGCUGGCUCCCCCUCGGCGAGUGAGGGGGGAGCGACGGGGAUCAUGGAGGCGGGCACCAUUUCUGAGAGUGAGCUGGAGAAAAGCCUCCCUUUGCCAGAAGAUGGGGAUUCCAGUGGUGGCAUCUACACGUGCUUCAUGAAGUCACAUCGCUGCUAUGACCUCAUCCCAACAAGCUCCAAGCUUGUUGUGUUUGAUACUUCACUGCAGGUGAAGAAAGCCUUCUUUGCAUUAGUAACCAAUGGUGUGCGGGCUGCACCCCUUUGGGACAGCAAAAAGCAAAGCUUUGUGGGAAUGCUUACAAUUACAGACUUCAUCAACAUCCUGCACCGCUACUACAAGUCAGCCAUGGUGCAGAUAUAUGAGCUGGAGGAACACAAGAUUGAAACAUGGCGAGAAGUCUACCUGCAAGACUCGUUCAAGCCGCUGGUUUGCAUUUCACCCAGUGCCAGCCUGUUUGAUGCUGUCACCUCUCUGAUCCGGAACAAGAUCCACCGGUUGCCCGUCAUCGACCCUGACUCCGGGAACACGUUGUACAUCCUGACACACAAGCGCAUCCUCAAGUUCCUCAAGCUCUUUAUUGCAGAGUUCCCUAAGCCAGAAUUCAUGUCCAAAUCCCUGGAAGAGCUGAAGAUCGGGACGUAUGAAAACAUUGCAAAGGUCCACACCAAUACUCCUAUCUAUGUUGCGCUGGGCAUCUUUGUGCAGCACCGGGUCUCUGCAUUGCCUGUGGUGGAUGACUCAGGGCGAGUCGUGGAUAUUUAUUCCAAGUUUGAUGUCAUUAAUCUGGCAGCGGAGAAAACCUACAACAAUCUGGAUGUGACCGUGACCAAGGCGCUGCAGCAUCGCUCACAGUAUUUUGAGGGUGUGCUCAAGUGUUACAAGCAUGAGACGCUGGAGACCAUCAUCAACCGGCUGGUGGAAGCUGAGGUUCACCGGCUGGUCGUGGUGGAUGAAAGCAAUGUGGUGAAGGGUAUUGUUUCCCUCUCAGAUAUUCUGCAGGCCCUGAUCCUUCCUGAUGGCCAGAGGCCCUGACUGCAGGAGGGCAGAGCUCCCCAGGGGCCUGUGUGCAGCACCUCUUCCAUUUCUGCAUCACUCUCUUGGCUUGGCAGUGGCCCUGUGAAGGAGGCUGGGCAGCCCAGCGACAAGCCAAGCCCCUAGGACUGGCUCCCUUGACAUUUCCCUCCCUACUCGCCUGUGGGUCUCUUUCUUUUCCCAUUUGAUUGUAAAGAAUCCCUGAGACCUGCUGUACCUUGGAGUAGGUACACUGCUCGAGCGCUCAGGGUGGAGAUCAACUGGAUAAUACUGACCACACACGUGGGUGGGAGGAAGAUGGGACAGGCGUCCUGGCAGUAUGCGAAGGAAGGUGUUGGAGGGCCAUAUAAAUUUCAAAAAAUCACAGGCUAUGCUCUGGAGCUCAGGGGACAUCUGAUCUACAGCACAAUUUAAAAAACAACAACAAUGUAGUACCUGGCAGCUCUUGAGUGGGUGACCUUUGUAUUUGCACACAUUUGCAUGCCAUGUGUGUAUAAGAGGAAGUGUGUGAGAGUGUGAAUAAUCAUCACCCUAGUGCCACUUGUAACUUCCACUAAGCAAUAUCCUUCCUUUUGCAGUCUCCCAGGUGGGAAUGCUCUCUGCUUUGUAGUUCCCAUCACCACCUUCCCCCUAGCAGGGCCAGUACUCAUGCUGUGGGCUCCUGAAUGAAACAACUUCUAUCUUCCCAGGAAGUGAAUCCCUUGCUGGAUCAGUGUGGUGGGCAAUGCUUCGUCCUGUGUGGAGCAUUGAAACUGCCAUUGAUCUGUGUAGGGGAAACUUGGUUAGUUCCUCUUCCUCCAUCCCUGGCCUCAAUCUUGUGUUUCAGUUGUCCUACCACCUUAACUGUGGGAAUGCAGUAAUCAGUCCUCUGUUUGUGCCCUGGGAGAGAGAAAUCCAGAGUUCUGAAAAGGUGAUAUAAUUGUGGACAGUGGCGGUGGGAGGAAUACAAGUAUGAGUGUCUGAGAGAAUCAGAACAUGAUUCUCCCUUACCAAACAGAAGAGGUGGAAUUGUAGCCUCUCCUCUCCCCCACUGUGCAAGAUUUUAGCUGUGCAAAAGUGGUUUCUGCCAUAAGUUCCUCUACUUUUGCACAUUCCUACAAGCCUUCCCCAUGUAAAUUAUUCAGCAUGUAUUUUUAUAAAACCCUUCUUCCUAUCUUUGAUGUUUUAUUUGUGCCCUUCCUCUUUUUGAGGGAGGGAGGCACUCUCCUGGGCUGCAUCGCCACACUCCACCUCACCUGGACCUGGAAGCUUUGGUUUUGGUCCACCACGCCUGGGACCUAAGGAAGAGAAGGCUUUCAAAAUUAUUAUUAUUAGUAUUCCAAGAUCAUGCAGGGGAUCCUCCUGGACCCUUUCUUCUGUGUGGUGUGUCAAUUCCUACUUGUUUUAUUGAGAUUCUGUACUUAAUAAAAAUCAGGGUGUCACA